AUGACAAUUGAAGAAAUACCUGUUACCACUUUUCCAGUUCCUAAAAAUCUUUUAGAUGCUUCAAAAAAUCCAAUUCCUUUUGUUAAUUCAAUAGAAACAUACAAGACUUUAUGGAAAGAAAGUGUAGAAAAGCCUGAUCUAUUUUUUGGAAAUCUUGCUCGUGAACUAAUCACUUGGUCAAGACCUUUUAAUAUUGUUCAUCAUGGUUCUUUUGAAACGGGGGAUGUAUCUUGGUUUUUAGAUGGCGAGCUUAAUGUUGCUUAUAAUUGUGUUGAUAGACAUGCUCUUGCUACUCCUGAUAAAAUUGCUAUCAUUCAUGAAGGUGAUGAGCCUGAUCAAGUUCGAAAUAUCACUUAUGGUGAAUUAUUACGUUUAGUAUGUCAAAUGGGUAAUACAUUAAAGAGUUUGGGUGUACGUAAAGGAGAUAGUGUAGCUAUCUAUAUGCCUAUGAUCCCUGAGGCAAUCGUCGCUAUGCUCGCUUGUGCUCGUAUUGGUGCUGUUCAUUCAGUUGUCUUUGCUGGGUUUUCUUCUGAUUCUCUUCGUGAUCGUGUUAUCGAUUGUGCAGCUCGUAUCAUCAUCACCUCUGAUGAGGGUCGUCGUGGUGGUAAAUCGGUGGCUACUAAACGUAUUGUAGAUGAUGCUCUUCGUUCAAAUCAAACACAAGUUGAAAAUGUCAUUGUCUUCCGUCGUACUGGUUCCCCUAUUGAUUGGGUUAAGGAUCGUGAUCUUUGGUGGCAUGAAGAGAUGGCUAAGGCUCGAGCUUAUUGUCCACCUGAACCUAUGAAUGCUGAAGAUCCUCUUUUCCUUUUAUAUACUUCUGGUUCUACUGGUAAACCAAAAGGUAUCUUGCAUACAACAGGUGGUUAUCUCCUGGGUGCUGCUAUGACGGUUAAAUAUGUUUUUGAUUACCAUGAAGGUGAUAUUCAUGCUUGUAUGGCUGAUAUCGGUUGGAUCACGGGUCAUACAUAUAUUGUCUAUGGUCCUCUUGCUUUAGGUGGUACAACUGUCUUAUUUGAAAGUACACCUACUUAUCCUAAUCCUAGUCGAUUCUGGCAAUUGAUUGAAAAACAUAAGAUUACCCAGUUCUAUACUGCUCCUACUGCCAUUCGUGCUCUUCGUCGUCUUGGUGAUCAAUGGGUGGCGAAACAUGAUUUAUCUACACUUCGCGUCAUUGGAUCUGUAGGUGAACCUAUUAAUCCUGAAGCUUGGGAAUGGUAUAAUGAGAAGGUCGGUCAUUGUCAAUGCGCUGUUGUAGAUACCUAUUGGCAAACUGAGACAGGUUCAAUCAUCAUCACUCCUCUUCCUGGUUCUCAUCCUACUAAACCUGGUUCGGCUACUCUUCCCUUCUUUGGUAUUCAACCAGAAAUUUUAGAUCCUGUAACUGGUAAGGUGAUAACAGGUAUUCAUGAAACAGGUGUCCUCGCUAUUCGUCAGCCUUGGCCUUCCAUGGCACGUACCAUUUAUAACGAUCAUGCUCGAUUUGUGGAUACCUAUCUUAAGCCUUAUCCUGGUUACUAUUUUACCGGGGAUGGUGCCUAUCGUGACAAGGAUGGUUACAUUUGGAUUCAAGGACGUGUGGAUGAUGUUAUCAACGUCUCUGGUCAUCGUUUGUCUACUGCUGAAAUCGAGUCUGCACUCGUUCAUCAUGAGGCCGUGGCUGAAGCUGCUGUCAUCGGUGGUCAUGAUGAAUUAACUGGUCAGUGUAUUCAUGCCUUCGUCUCUAUUCGUCCAAACGUGGACGCCGCCGAGGGUUUAGAAAAGGAACUUACCUUACUCGUUCGUAAAAUUAUUGGCCCUUUCGCUACACCUAAACGCAUCUACAUCGUAAAUGAGCACCCAAAAACGCGUUCUGGAAAGAUCAUGCGUCGUAUCCUUCGAAAGAUUGUUAAUGGGGAACAAGAUUCUCUUGGUGAUACCUCUACUCUUGCUGAUCAAUCUGUUAUCCCUACUUUAAUUCGUCUUGUUCAUGGCAACAAGUAA